UACCGAAUUGGUAGGCGAUUAGCAGCUAGCCUCUAAUAUAAAAACAAAGGUAGAGGUUUGAUAGCGCCUGGGAGAGUGAAACCAAAGAGUGAAGCAGAACCCGUCCCUUGCGCCGUUCUGUCAUCAUGGGUAAUUUUCUCUCCAUUUUCUCACCCUGCAAACUCUUUAUGCUGUUUUUCUUUUCUCAGGUAUUUCCAGGGAUUCUAUGCACAAGAGACGUUCCACAGGUGGCUAGCAGAAGGCUUGGAGGAAGAAACGAAAGCAUGAACUCGGCCGCCAGCCAGGAAAUACAAAGCUAUCAAGCAACAAAACUGUCAGGAGAAUCCGUGUUAGAGGAGGCAACGUGAAGUGGAGAGCGUUGAGAUUGGAUACAGGCAACUAUUCAUGGGGUAGUUUAUCCGUAACCCGUAAGACUCGUAUUCUCGAUGUCGUAUAUAACGCCUCGAACAAUGAGCUUGUUCGCACACAGACUCUGGUAAAGAGUGCCAUUAUUCAAGUUGAUGCGGCUCCGUUUAAGCAAUGGUACCUUCAGCACUACGGCAUUGACAUUGGGAGGAAGAAGAAGAUGGCCUCUAAGAAGGAAGCUACUGAGGAACCAGAAGGGGCUGCCGAGGAAACCAAGAGGAGUAAGCAUGUGGCAAGGAAGCUUGAGAAACGCCAAAAAGAUCGCAAAUAACUUGAUCCUCACGUUGAAGAACAAUUUGGUGGUGGUAGAUUGUUGGCAUGCAUAUCUUCCAGGCCUGGUCAAUGUGGCAGAGCUGAUGGGUACAUAUUGGAAGGUAAAGAAUUGGAGUUCUAUAUGAAGAAAAUGUAUAAGAAGAAGGGCAAGGGUGCGGGAGCUGCUUAGAUGAAUUAAUUUGGCGUUUUUGUUUUUUCAAUUAAAAGUUUGGUGAGAAUAAAAUAGAAAUAGUUUUUAUAUAAUUUUAUUUGGUUGAAUUAAUGGUAUUCAAUUGUUUUUUUAGUAUGGAAAAAGUUUUUAGUUGUUUUUUUAGUAUGAAUACAGUAUAUGUGUAGAUGAUUGAGUCUGAUCAUGUGUACAAGUUUUAGUUUAGUUAGUUUUAAUUUGUUGGCUUUAGUUUGGAUUGUACCAGUUUUUAAUCUGUUUGUACUUUAAUAA